GCCAUUGAAGUAUCUAUAAACAUCUUGGUCCACUAUAUCAUUGCAAAGAGCCAUAUAAUGCAAUUCAAAUUUCAAAAAGGAAAGGAGUAUUGUGGCCCAAAUUAUAAAAAGUAUUAGAAAAUAAAGAAUGCAUUAACUUUUUGUAGCCAUUUUUGAAGCCGGAAAUCACUCUUUGGUUAAUAACCGACAAGAAAUUCCUCCCUCCUACCUUGUCCUUUUCAUGCCCAAAAUUUCUCAAGAACCAAACAUAAACAACCAAAUCCCAGAAUCUUGAAUUCCUAAAUCUCCACUUCUUGCUUUUGUCUCAUUCACUAUAAUCUUUGUUCUCUGUCUAGUCUCUUACCCUCCAAACCAAAAAAAAAAAAACUAACCUCAAAGUCUAGGCAUUGUCUAAAAGCCUUACCAUGCAGUUUUUAUCAACUUGUCACACCAAAAAUAUUUAAUCACCAUCAAAUUCUAUCAUUGUUUCAUGCUUCUGGAUAAAAAAUGGGGACUGCAACAUCAUCUAUGGCAGCGAAAUUUGCGUUUUUCCCUCCGGACCCGCCUUCUUACAACAUAAUUGUGGAUGAAGCAAUUGGGAAAAUGAGGAUCCCAGAUGUUAACCAGAGAGAUAACGUGGACGUAUUGAAGCUGAGUACCAAGAGAGGGAAUAAGAUUGUGGCUAUGUAUGUGAAGAACCCGUCAGCUUCAUUGACAGUGCUAUAUUCUCAUGGAAAUGCUGCUGAUCUUGGUCAGAUGUAUCACAUUUUCACUGAGCUCAGUGUCCACCUUAAUGCUAAUCUCAUGGGAUACGAUUACUCAGGAUAUGGACAAUCCUCUGGAAAGCCAAGUGAGCAGGACACAUAUGCAGACAUAGAGGCAGCUUACAAAUGCCUGGAAGAGACCUAUGGAGUAAAACAGGAAGAGACUAUAUUGUAUGGACAGUCAGUUGGGAGUGGACCUGCUCUGGAACUAGCCCUCCGGUUGCCUCACUUGAGGGCUGUAAUUCUUCACAGUCCAAUCUUGUCUGGCCUCCGAGUCAUGUAUCCUGUGAAGCGUACAUUCUGGUUUGACAUUUACAAGAAUAUUGAUAAAAUUCCUCUACUUGACUGCCCUGUUCUGGUCAUUCAUGGAACUGAAGAUGAAGUGGUGGAUUUUUCUCAUGGUAAGCAACUUUGGGAGCUAUGUAAAGAGAAGUACGAACCUUUGUGGCUCAAAGGGGGAAACCAUUGUAAUCUGGAACUCUACCCUGAGUACUUAACGCACCUUAGGAAGUUCAUAUCAGCCAUUGAGAAACUACCACGUCCUCGAAAUGUAUCUGAGCAACCAAAGGAUCAAUCCGACCAACCUUCCAACAAUGCAGACCACAAUAAGGAGAAAUCCAGGCCAAGCACUGACCAUGGAGAGAAGGGUAGGCCAAGUUUUGGGCAGAGGGAAAAAUCUAGGCUAAGCACAGACGAUAGGGAGAAAGCAAGAGGCAGCACUGACAAAAGAGAGAAAUCAAGAAAGAGCCUUGAUCGAAAUAUGAAGGCUAGGAACAGCACAGAUCAUUCAGAGAGAGCAAGAAAUAGUUUUGAUCGCUUGGGAGACAUGGUACGAUCAGUUGGAUUGUGCAAUAUUGACUGCUUGAAGCAGACAGCUACUGAGGUUUGAGUAAGAAAGUGUUCACUGUUCAGCAUGCAGUUCUUGCACAUUGGGGUUGUAAAUUUCGUUUCCUCCAUCGUCUGGUUGAUGGCCUGGGAUGUUUCUAUAACAAUGGUUGCUGCUAUUUCUCCUGGAAACAAGUACCAUCCAUGCACAUCCUCACUCUAGAUCGUUCAUUUCAAUUUUUCUUUGGUAAUUCCUUUGUUGGGUUUAAUCGAAAUAAGAAGAAUGUAACAAAGAUCCUAGGUUUUGGAUAAAUGUGGA